UUCUUUUAGAUGAUUACUUGUAGUUAUUAAAUAAUUUGUGUCAUCAUGAGGUCGCAAUUCUUUUGUGCACUCAUCCUUUCAUUAGCAUGUUUUUACGGGCAAGCAGCUGAAGUAGUUGAAGUUCCACCAAAAGAAGCACCACUUCUUUUUAUUCCAAUCAGACAAAAAGUUAAUGGACUCUAUGCAGCAGAUGAUGUACCCAAACCAAAAGAUAAAGACGCUGAAUUAUUAAUCAAAGAUGGUGAAUUAUCAAGUGUUAUAGCAACCAAGGAAGAAGAAGAAAAAGCCGCUAUCAGCGCUGCCUCAGUUGCUGCAGAAAAUCAAGCAACCAUUGUUGAAACAAUUCGCAACAACAUCCCAAAUGCUGUUGAAAGUGCACUUUUAUGGCGUGCUCAACAAUUAAUCGACGAAAAAGAAAAUGGAAGCUUAGCACUUUGCAACAAAACCAAACAUUUACCAACCUCAGUACGAGCUGAUUUAAUUAAAUGUGCAAAAGACCAAAACGCAAGGGGUAUCCAAAUUGCAAACAAAACCUUACAAGGGUUAGCUGAUACUCGUGAUUUAUUCUCACGCACCAAGGCUAAAUUCAAGGAAUGUCAAUUGAAAAAAGAUGAAUAUAUACAAAAAAAACUAAAUGAAUCCCUUGUAGCAACAACCACACAAAAACCCAAGAGAUUGAAGCCAACAAGACAAACGAAUGCUGGACGUGUUAUUGACGCGGGGAAAAAAGUUAUUUCAAAGAUUGCCGAGCUUGCAAAAGCAACCAUUGAAUUUUUCAAUAAGAAUGGAUGUUUCAUUUUAGCAACAGGUGAAUUGGCAUUAAAUGGUACCAUGAUUGCCGUUGACAUGAUUUUGAAUGGUAUUGAAGCUGCCGAUUUUGUUCAAAACGUAGAUUUGACAGUGAAAAAAUGUAUUAGCGAUAAGUUUGAUGAUUUUAUGGUUAAAGAAUGUAAUGAUCAAUACAUUCCCAAAUUUGGGGAUAAAAAAUAAAAUACAUAAUUGAUA